GGAUGUUGUCCCAGAGUACCGACGGUAGCCAAUCAGCGCGGAGGACGCUGGGGGGACACGGCAAGGUGAGCGGGCCGGAGGAGCGCUCUGUCGUCUAAGCCGUCACCGUCGCAGCACCGAGAGGACACCGGGCAGUAACAGGUAAAGCAAGAUGCAGACGGCUUCUUUGGCUCUCCUCAGCUCCCCGGCUCUGUUCCGGUGCUGCUCCAGGGCUCUGGUCAGGCCCGUUUCAGUGUCUGUGUUCAGCAGGCCUGAGGCUCAGGCUGUACAGCCUGCUGGUGUGUCCUACCCACAGCUGACCCACCGUGGGUUCCAAACUAGUGCAGUUUCCCGGGAUAUCGACACUGCUGCUAAGUUCAUCGGUGCUGGUGCUGCCACAGUUGGGGUGGCUGGUUCAGGAGCAGGUAUUGGGACGGUGUUUGGCAGCUUGAUCAUUGGCUAUGCCAGGAAUCCAUCUCUCAAGCAGCAGCUUUUCUCCUACGCCAUCCUGGGCUUCGCCCUGUCUGAGGCUAUGGGUCUCUUCUGUCUGAUGGUGGCAUUCCUUAUCCUCUUUGCCAUGUGACAACUUUUGGCCUGGCUGCAGCUUCCAUCACUUUGUCCUCAGCGGUUUGAGUCUGCUUCCAUCAGAGUGACUGACAAUUAAAGAAAAGAUUUCUCUAAAUAAAGUGGUGGCUUUAUUAUUUCUU